AUGGUUUUUUAUGAAAAAAAAUUGAUCUCCUUUCUAUUCCUGAUAUUGAAGAAACUAAAAUUGGACUUGAAAGUGGUAAAGAAGUUAAAAGAAAUCUACAAAGAAAUUUAUUUAUUGUAUAAUAAAGGAAUCUGUUCUUUCUGCAUUUAUAUACAUAUCUUAAGAUUUUAAAUAAUCAUUUUUGCAAAGGAUAGCACUUCAUCUAAUGGAGAUAUUCUAUUAUGCCUUAAAACCAUUUGAUUCUGAAUGGUUAUUAAGAAAUUCACAAUAAGAAAAGAACUUAUUUUAAAUAAGCCUAAUAAUAUAGAUUAUAGAAAUAAUAACAUUUAAGUACUAUUCCUAACAGACAUUUAAGAUUUCCAGGAUUAUUUGUUACUAAAGGAAUUCUCUCUCAAUCUGGAUAGAUAAGUAGUUAACCAUUCCAUUAAAAUUUAGUAAAUAAAUUAGCAAAUUAAUGAUAAAAACCUUAAAUUAGAGCACUUAGAUGAAAAUAAAAACAAUUUUUGUAAAACCUCUAACUAUUGAUCUUAAUGCUGCAGAGAAGGAGAAAAACUUUAAAGAAGAAUUGAAACAUUCAACUAUAGAUUUCUUGACUCAUUGUUUUAGAAAAUUAAUUGAUUAAGCUUUUAUUGAAAUGAAUAAGAGAUUGUAGAUUCUGAUGAUAAAGUCCAUUAUUUUGUUUUGAUAUCACAUUUCUUAAAACUUAUUCGAUUUCAUUGUAAAUAAAAUAAAGAAGGAUAAUAAUCAUCAGAAUUUGUUUCUAUUUAAGCAGCACUUUAAAUUACUUAAUUUAAUUUUAAAUAUAGUAAUUUGAUUAAUGAAAGUACUUAACUUAGAAAUAUGAAUUCCAAUUAUAGAAUUUUCUUUUCUGUUAUAAAUGUUCUAUUUGUAUUUCUUAUGAUUGUAAGAGAAUUAUCACUUGCACUUGAAUAAACAGAUAGAAUAAAUAGUUAAAUACUAUUAUAAACUAUUGCAACUUAAGAAAUAGCAAAGGCUAUAUCAAUUGGAUAUUGA